AGAAGGCAGUCACUAUCCUAUCGCUAUACACUAUACAAUCGCUCUGCAUGAACAGCUCUAGAAGCCUAGUAUUGUGAGAUCCAACCCCGACUUAAAUAUUUCAGAAUUGACCAAAAGCGGAGAUUGCAGGGUAAUUCAAACCCACUAGAAACGGAAUAUAGGCAACAUUUUCAAAGAGCUAUCAACUUUUAUCCCACUGGAUGUAGGCUACCUGGGGGCAAUGUAGAGCGCAUUUUUUUUGUCAGUGUGGGUUGGAACAGGUGAAUUGCAAGUAGCGACCACCAAGAACAACAUAAUUUACAACAGUCAGACAUCUGAAGAUGAACACAGCAUUGACUGUCGCUUUUGUUGCACGCACAGUACACACCUGAGCAGGUUCUGCUGAAUUCCAUGGAUCGGACACUCAAGAAGCUUCAUCUCCUUCUGCUCCCGACCGCUGUCACUUUCUGGUCUCUCCCCUUCUCUAUGGCCACCAGCGUGGCCCCAGGGGGAUGUGGCUCCAAUGUAGGCUCCCUGUACUAUAGCCUGUGUGACCUCAGUGCUGUAUGGGGCAUCGUACUGGAGUCAUUCGCGGCGGCUGGCGUGGUGGGUUCCAUCAUCCUCCUCAUCGUCCUCCUGGCCAGCCUACCCUUCAUCACAGACAAGAACAAGAGGAGCUCCGUGGGGCUCCAUGCCUGCUUCCUGAUCUGUACCCUGGGCCUCUUCUGCCUCACUUUCUCCUUCAUCGUAGGGAAGGACUUUGCCACCUGUGCCUCGCGGCGCUUCCUCUUCGGGGUGCUGUUCGCUGGGUGCUUCACGUGUCUUCUCAUGCAGUGUGUGAGGCUGAACCUCCUGGCCCGCAGGGGGGAUCAGGGGCCCCGGGCCUGGGUUCUGUGUCUGGGAGCCCUGGGGCUCUGGCUGGUGGAGGUGGUCAUCAACACAGAGUGGCUGAUCAUUACCGUUGUUCGCUACCCACUGUCACCGCUCAACGUUACUGGGACAGCACUAGGCACGGCUGCCGACGUGCCCUGUAACAUCGCCAACCAGGACUUUGUAAUGGCGCUCAUCUACGUACUGAAUCUUCUUCUAGCUGUCGUAGUGGCAUCCUUACCCUCCCUGUGCGGGAAACACAAGCAGAGACGCCAGGAGGGAGCAAUACUCCUCGUCACGGGUCUCCUCUCUGUGUUCAUCUGGGUGGCCUGGAUCACCAUGUACGUCUGGGGGAACCUGAGGACCGGUGGACCCAGCUGGGAUGACCCUACCCUGGCCAUUGCCCUGGUCAGCAACGCCUGGGUGUUCCUGGUCCUCUACACCAUCCCAGAGAUCUGCUCUCUGACUCAGGAGGAUGGGGAGGCACCGGGGUUCAGAGAGGACCUGUACCCCAGUAGAGGGGUGGGCUACGAGACCAUCCUGAAGGAUCAAGGAGCCCAGAAUUUGUUUAUGGAGAACAAGGCUUUCUCUAUGGAUGAAAACUCAGGUCCGAAGGUUGUGUCCCCAUACAGUGGCUACAGUGGUCAGCUCCGCAGUUCUGUCUACCAGCCCACAGAGCUAGCUAUCAUUAGCAAGGGAAUGGGGAAUCAGGAAAUGUCCUAUGAGUCUCGCAUCCCCCGAGCUUCCAUCAACAACAGCUCCCCGGCCCACAGAGGGGGCAGUACCCUGGUAAUGGACUACACAAGAAAUCCCAGUGGUGAACACAGACUUUACGUUACACUUCUCUCCUCAAGACAUUUUUGUUCAUCCAUUUUAUUCAAAUCUGUUGACUCUAUUUUGCUGUUUUCCAUUGGAUUCUUAAUAUGAGCUGGCUCUAAAGCGACCAGCCUAUCAGACUCCAGAGGUGACAUUUGGGUGAUCGAUACAAACAAUUUGCCUAUCUAUAAAUGGACAGUCCUGCACAGCAAAAUCAAUGGUGUACAUUUAACUCUGAAAGUGUUAAAUGUACACUAUUUUCAGUGAACAUAUGAGUCCCACUGAACUGGUGUUAAUAUAACACUUUUGAAACUGUUAAAGAUUGAACUAUGUUGCAGUGUUCCCCAUUCAACUCUUAAACUGUUCAUAGGAACUUGAUUGUGGUGUUUGCAUAGCUCUACUGUAGAGUAUUAUGCAACACCUACAGAGUAAAACAUAACACUUGCCAAAUUUGCUUAUUUCCCAGAGUGCCUUUUCUUUUCAAUUGAAUUGUAAAGUUACCACCCAUGACUGUAUUUGUUAACGAUAGAGACAUGCUUACUGAAUUUAAUUUAAAAGGCCUGUAGCUUUCACCUACUGAGUAUCUAAAACUAUGACUGUACAUGUAUCAUGACCUAGUUUCAUCCUAACACAGAGGUGUUAAGAAAGUCAUGGUUUGCACAACAAAUCAGGCCUGCAAAUUACAUUAUGCUGGCUCUCGAAGUGAUGUGUAAUUCCUAUUGAAAUCCAGCCAGAGUUGGGAUAUACUAUAGUUAAAAUUGUUAUUCACUUGCAACCUCCAUUCAGAAUGAUUGUCAGGGUUCUUCUUCUUUUGAAAAUUGAUGACUACCUAAACCAUUUAAACUGAAACAACAAUUUUAGUAACGGGUGCAAUAAAUUUAACUAAGUGAUUGGAUUAGUUUAGAAAAAUGUAUGUUAUUUAUCUUUGUGUAGUUUAAGAUGAAUCAAUCAAUGUACAUGUAAAAACACAGACAUUAAAAGCAAUCCUAAAAAAUCAACCUGCAGUAGAGCAUGCUGGGAAAUAUGAUAAUGAUAGGCGUGCUUUUGAUGGGACUGUUUAACUCUCCACAGUGUAAAACAAUAACUAUGCUUAUUAACACUAACACUUGGGGAUAUUUUACCCAACUGAGUGUUACUUUCACUCUUACAGAGUGAAUCAAUCUCCUGAAUAAACACAAGAAAAGUUACACUGAAAAAUCAACACUGGCCAAUUUGCUGUGUGUGUUUGACAUAACCCUCUAUAGAUCAAAGCAACCUGUAGUCAAAGCAACCCACAGAGCAGACGGUAUACCCAUGGCUUAGGGAGAAAACAAUAUAUUUUGUUAAGGUUACCAUUCCUCUCACUGUGAGCUGAGCUAAGCUCUCCGCUGGACGUACUGUGACAGAUGAACUGUGAGCAUGCUGGAAUGGUGGGAAAUUAUAGUCAGACUUUCUCUUAGCAUGGGGGGUGGGUAUUUUGGCAACAAAGGUGGCUAUAUAGUAAACAUGCACACACACACACACACACACACACACACACACACACACACACACACACACACACACACACACACACACACACACACACACACACACACACACACACACACACACACACACACACACACACACACUCACAUGGAAGUGCAGCCAACGACAAGAUCAGUCAAGCGAGAGGCCAACAGGUGUGACGGUGUCAUGGGAUUUACCUGCCAUCCCUGGGUUCCCAGAGGAGGACUCAUUGAGAGUGGAAAAUUCCAUAUCUGGAACAUCUCCAUGGUUCCAUGGAAUCUUGGGAAAGGACCCUUCUGUCACUGGGAUACCAACUAAUAUGAAUACACUUAGUUAUAGGUUAAGCAUUCAAAUAGUGUGCACUUGCUUACUUUAAAUGAAGUAAGGGCCAAUAUUAUUAAAUCAAAAUCCAAUCAAAUCUAAUUUUAUUUGUCACGAGCGCCGAAUACAACAGGUGUAGACCUGACAGUGAAAUGUUUACUUAUGAGCCCAUUCCCAACAGUGCAGUUUUAAGAAAAUACCUAAAAACAGUCAAUGUUUAGUGCUUAGUUUGUGGAUAUCACUUUCAUAAAGUUCACAUAGCUAUUUCAGUUGUAGCUAAAGGGUGUUGAAUGAGUUCAUGUAAAUACCAUGCCAAUGAAUGUCUCCUCACGACAUACUGUAUGUAUGGAAGCACUUGUAUGAACUGUUGUAUGAAUUUGAAAUAUAUUUUUAACAUAGCUAUUUACAGUACUUACUUUUUUAUCAAAUCAGAUUUGAGCCUACACUUGUAAUUGUAAUCCUGAAAUGUAAAUCUAAUAUGAAGUUUGAAAACCAUAAUUAAUUAUUUGAUUGCACAUUCUGUAUCAACAACCAUUAAUGUCCCAAAUAAUAAAGAUUCACUGGUGAAAUA